CCGUGAUCCCUCAUUUAUUGGCGCAUUCGUUGGUUGGUCUUGGUUCAAAACCGGUCGUUAAUAAUAUACUGUAUUCUUAAAAGGGAACUGUGGGGAUCUUGGGUAAGUUCCUUCUUGCUUUCCGUGGCUCAGGAACCCGCUCUGCAUCAGACGAUCCAUGAAUGAAUGAUAAGACAUGUGGUUCCCGUCCCGGGCACAACAGUUUGGCUAAUAUAUUGCCUGGCCCUCCGCGCUCCCCCAGAUCUGCAGUGAUUCUCGAUUCCAAUUCUUCUUCCACUCUCUGUCUUCGAUUUCCCCCCCUACUCGUUCGCCGCCUUUUGGUCUCGCGAAGCUAGGACUCGUUGACAACCGCCAAUAUGCACAUCGUAUCCUCCCUAUUUUUGGCCUCUUUGGCCGCCACAUCCGCCUUGGCUUCCGCUCCCACAUGCAGCACCAGCUCGCAAUGUCCUGAGGAGUACCCCUGCUGUUCGCAGUACGGCGAAUGUGGUACCGGCGCUUACUGUCUGGGUGGAUGCGAUCCACUUUCGUCUUACUCCCUCGACUCCUGCGUUUCCGAGCCCGUGUGUCAGAGUAGAACCUACACGUGGGAGAACCUGGACAACUCCGCCUUGAACACCAAGUACCUCGGAAAUUCUUCCGAGACCGACUGGGUCUACAGCGGUUACCCUAAGAUCGAGGACGGGAAUCUUCUAUUAACAAUGCCCAAGAACACCGUGGGCAGUCUGUUCGCCAACAACCACUACGUCUGGUAUGGAAAGAUUUCUGGCAAGGUCAAGAGCAGCCGGGGUAAAGGUGUUGUCACCGCCUUCAUCCUGCUGUCUGAUGUCAAGGACGAGAUCGACUUCGAGUUUGUCGGUUCCGACCUCGCUAACGUCCAGACCAACUACUACUGGCAGGGUGUUUUGGAUUACAACAACGGAGGAAAGUCCGCUGUUAAUGGCAGUGAUACUUUCGACGAUUGGCAUGACUACGAGAUUGAUUGGACCGAAGAUGCUAUCACCUGGUCUGUGGACGGUCAGGUCACUCGCACCCUGACCAAGGAGUCCACCUACAAUGCAACUUCCAAGACCUACAAAUACCCUCAAACACCUUCACGAAUGCAGCUGUCAUUGUGGCCUGCAGGCCAAGCCAGCAAUGCGGAGGGAACAAUCCAGUGGGCUGGCGGUGAGAUCGACUGGGACAGCGAGGAUAUCAAGGACAAGGGAUACUACUACGCCACCUUCGGAGACAUCACGGUUGAGUGCUACGAUGCCCCGAACGGUACGGUCUCGAAAGGCGACAAGUCUUACGCGUUUGUCAAUGAGGAAGGGCUCGAGAGCUCGGUUGUGAUUACCGACAACAGUACCGUUCUUGCCUCUUUUGGCGCUACGGGCCUGGAUAUGGAUCUCGGUAGCAGCAGCACUACCAACACCACGGGCGACAACAGCACGGUCCCCGAAAACCGUGGAGGCUCGGGCAAUGAGCCUGGAGCCACGAGCUCAAGCACCGGCACCGGCACCGGCACUGGCACCAGCAGUGGUAGCUCAAGCGAUUCGACGGGUUUCAGCCAGGGUACCUCAACCGACACUAGCUCCAACGGCGUCGCCUCUCAAAAUGAGCGUGUUCUGAGAGGCUCGUUCUUUGCCGCAUUGGUGGCAAUUGUCGUUUCGGUCACUCUAUAAACAGAGUCAACAACCUCCGUUUUCCCCUUCUUGGACAUUCUUAUUCAUAUAUUUGCUUGACUCUUACCUGGCCCGAAAUACCGUCACUCCUUCUACGACUUCAGCGUACCAUUCUUACCUUUGAUGUUUUAUACCUGGCGCACUAUUCGCCCUUGUCUGUUCUUGACCCCCUUACUCCUAUUACUCUUUCCCAGUGGAUGUCUUGACGCUUUUUAAUGAUCGCGCAUCGGAGGUUGCGUCCCUGUUUUGACGUCAUGAAAAUGGCUUUUGAAGACCUUUACUUAAUACCCUGUUUUGUUUCCGUAUUGGCGUGGGCAUGUCGUUUGGAUGCUUAUGAUGUGCUGUGCCGUAGAUAAGUACCUUCAGGUCAAUAAAUAACACCCUUUUUUAGCGGAUUAUCUGCAAAUAAACGCA